CUACACACACAUCAGUGGGUGAGAGUAGAUGAGGGAUACAGGACAUACAAAGAGUUAAAAGACUGAAGAAAGAGAAAAGACAAAACUAGGGAAAGAAAACAUAAAGCAGAGUGAGGCAGAGGGAGGGGUUGCUGCUGAGAAUCCAUCCAGCACACUGCAGAGAGAAACCAGUGAGACUGGGAGAGGACUGGUUUUACCCACAGUGAUCCGACUGCAAAGCACCAUGGCCGACAACACAAACGAGGAAUCGGAUUAUACCCCAGGAAAAGAUGAGCUGGACUGGGGCUACGAGGAAGGUGUAGAAUGGGGACUCCAUUUCCCAGCAGCCAACGGCGAGUACCAGUCCCCCAUCAACCUGAACUCCAGGGAGGCUCAGUACGACCCCUCCCUGCUGGAUGUCGGCUUAUCACCAAACUACGUGGUGUGUCGAGACUGUGAGGUCAUCAACGAUGGACACUCAGUCCGCAUCAUUCUCAAGUCCAAGUCAGUGGUUACCGGCGGUCCGUUGCCUAGUGAUCAUGAGUACGAGCUUCACGAGGUUCGAUUCCACUGGGGCAAAGAGAACCAGAGAGGAUCAGAACACACUGUCAACUUCAAGGCUUUCCCUAUGGAGCUCCAUCUGAUUCACUGGAACAGCACUCUGUUCAACACUCUGGAGGACGCUCUUGGGAAGAAGAAUGGAGUCCUCAUCAUAGCUCUGUUUGUGCAGAUUGGGAAGGAGCAUCUGGGUCUGAAGGCCAUCACUGAGGUGCUGCAGGACCUGCAGUACAAGGGGAAGAGCAAGAUCAUCCCCUGCUUUAACCCGAACACUCUGCUGCCCGACCCUUUACUGAGAGACUACUGGGUGUAUGAAGGAUCUCUGACCACCCCACCCUGUAGUGAGAAUGUGACCUGGAUCCUCUACCGCUACCCACUCACCAUCUCACAGCUGCAGAUUGAGGAGUUUCGGAGGCUGCGAUCCCAUUUUAAAGGGGCGGAGAUACAAGAAGGGAAUGAUGGGAUGUUAGGGGACAACUUCCGGCCCACGCAGCCGCUCAGUGACCGGACGGUUCGCGCUGCCUUCCAGUGACCCACACCUUCAUCCCCAUCUCAGAAACACUCGGGGACUGACAGAGACCAGAACAGAAGGAGAGAAGGGUGACAAGGUGAGGAGAGAGGAACAGAAACACUGGGAGAGAGACAGACGAUCAGAGUCAUACUGAAGGAGGACUAAGACACUGCUGACUCACAUCUUCACUGAGUGCUUGUGUGUGUGGGUGUUUCCUUUUCUGCAGAACUAUUGUCUGUAUGUGCGUGUAACAUCCUCCAUGUGGUUGUGUGUGUACUGUUUCAAUAUUACUGUACGUGUGUGUGUCCUGAUUACAAGAUAGGAGACUUCACAACCAGCCCUGCUGUCCCUGCAGUCAAAACAAAGGAGGCAUGAACACACACACACAGAUUUACAUACUCACACACGUCUGUACUGUGCUGCGUACAUCGUGUGUUAAAUUUUACAAAUUGUAUUUCUAACAUGCUAAUAUUUUGUUAUGAAUCAAUUGAAUCUAAAACAAAUUCAGUCAGCAUGAAGGGAAAUAUGUUUAUGAUCAAAUAAACUCAACCAAACUUU